GUGUGCCCGCCGGCGAGUGCGAGGGGCGCUGCGUGUGCCCGGGCUCGCUCCUGCUCCCGGCUCCGGCCCGCCGAGAGGGAGCACCGCGGGCAGCCGGGGCUCUCAUCCCGGGGAGGAGGGUCGCAGCCCUGCCCGGCGCCUCCCUCCUCCCCGCCGCCGGGGCGAUGCCGCGCCCUCCGUGCCCUGCCUGCCGGCGGCCCCGCGGCUCCGCGCCGCGCCCGGCGGCGUAGCGAGCCCGGCUGGGCAGGGGGGCGGCCAUGGGGGCUGCCGCCCCCGCGGCUCUCGGCGCCGAGCGGAUUACGAAGGAGCGGCUCGGGGCGGCCCAAGGGCGGCCCGGCAUGUAGAGCCUGACGGAGCGGCGCGGAGGUUGCCUGGUCACUAUGAACAAUGGCCCAGCUAUACUACAAAAAGGUAAACUAUUCACCAUACAGAGAUCGGAUCCCGCUGCAGAUUGUGCGAGCAGAGGCAGAGCUCUCGGUGGAGGAGAAGGCCUACCUCAGCGCCGUGGAGAAGGGGGACUAUGCCAGCGUGAAACAUGCCUUACAAGAGGCGGAGAUCUACUACAACAUCAACAUUAACUGUAUGGAUCCUCUCGGUCGCAGUGCCCUUUUAAUAGCCAUAGAGAACGAAAAUCUGGAGAUCAUGGAGUUACUCCUGAGCCACAGUGUGUACGUGGGAGAUGCUCUGCUCUACGCGAUACGGAAAGAGGUGGUGGGAGCUGUGGAGCUGCUGCUGAAUUACAGGAAGCCAAGUGGUGAGAAGCAGGUUCCAACCUUGAUGAUGGACACACAGUUUUCAGAAUUCACUCCAGAUAUCACCCCAAUAAUGCUGGCGGCUCACACCAACAACUACGAAAUCAUCAAACUGCUUGUCCAAAGACGGGUAACGAUUCCACGCCCACACCAGAUCAGAUGCAACUGCGUGGAGUGUGUCUCCAGUUCAGAGGUGGACAGCCUGAGGCACUCCAGGUCAAGGCUGAACAUCUACAAAGCCUUAGCCAGCCCUUCGCUGAUUGCCUUAUCGAGCGAGGACCCGAUCCUGACGGCUUUCCGACUGGGCUGGGAGCUGAAGGAGCUCAGCAAAGUGGAAAAUGAGUUCAAGGCUGAAUAUGAAGAGCUUUCCCAGCAGUGCAAGCGUUUUGCUAAGGACCUUUUGGACCAAGCACGGAGUUCCCGAGAACUGGAGAUCAUUCUCAAUCACAGAGAUGAUCAGAGCGAAGAGCUGGACCCCCAAAAAUGUCAUGAUUUGGCAAAGCUAAAGGUAGCAAUAAAGUAUCACCAGAAAGAGUUUGUUGCUCAGCCAAACUGCCAGCAGCUACUAGCAACGCUUUGGUACGACGGUUUUCCAGGAUGGAGGCGGAAACACUGGGCAGUAAAACUCUUGACCUGUGUCACCAUCGGACUGCUGUUCCCUGUGCUAUCUGUGGCGUACCUGAUCGCACCGAAGAGCAGGCUGGGACUGUUCAUUAAAAAGCCAUUUAUCAAGUUUAUCUGCCACACCGGCUCGUACCUAACCUUCCUCUUCAUGCUCCUGCUGGCAUCGCAGCACAUCGUCAGGACCGACCUCCACAUGCAGGGCCCGCCUCCCACCAUCGUGGAGUGGCUGAUCCUGCCCUGGGUUCUAGGUUUUAUUUGGGGAGAAAUCAAGGAAAUGUGGGAUGGUGGAUUCAAUGAGUACGUACAUGACUGGUGGAAUCUGAUGGACUUUGCAAUGAACUCCCUCUACCUUGCAACUAUCUCCCUUAAAAUUGUUGCCUAUGUCAAGUAUAACGGCUCUCGUCCAAGGGAGGAAUGGGAAAUGUGGCACCCCACUCUCAUUGCAGAAGCCCUCUUUGCAAUAUCCAACAUUUUAAGUUCCUUGCGUCUCAUAUCCCUGUUUACAGCAAAUUCACACCUGGGACCCUUGCAGAUUUCUCUGGGACGCAUGCUGCUAGACAUCCUUAAAUUCCUUUUUAUCUACUGUCUGGUGCUUCUGGCUUUCGCCAAUGGACUGAACCAGCUUUAUUUUUAUUAUGAGACCAGUGCCUCGGAGGAACCCAACAACUGCAAGGGGAUCCGAUGUGAGAAACAGAACAAUGCCUUCUCCACACUUUUCGAGACCCUCCAGUCACUCUUCUGGUCUGUGUUCGGUCUGCUGAAUCUCUACGUCACCAACGUGAAAGCCAGACAUGAGUUCACAGAAUUCGUUGGAGCCACUAUGUUUGGAACCUACAAUGUCAUCUCUCUCGUCGUGCUGCUGAACAUGCUCAUAGCCAUGAUGAACAACUCCUACCAGCUCAUUGCUGACCAUGCAGACAUAGAGUGGAAGUUUGCACGGACAAAGCUCUGGAUGAGUUACUUUGAUGAAGGUGCCACUCUGCCCCCUCCUUUUAACAUCAUCCCGAGUCCCAAGUCCUUCUGGUACCUUUGCAAGUGGAUUCACAAGCAGCUGUGCCCAGGCAACGACUCCGACAAUGAACAGAAGAGGCAUGAAAACCUCAAAACAUUCACAGAAAGGCAUGCUGACAACCUCAUUCAGAAUCAACAUUACCAGGAAGUGAUCAGAAACCUUGUGAAAAGAUACGUUGCAGCAAUGAUCAGAACUUCCAAAACCAAUGAAGGUUUGACUGAAGAAAAUUUCAAGGAAUUAAAACAGGACAUCUCAAGUUUUCGCUACGAAGUCCUUGAUCUCCUGGGAAACAGGAAGCCCCAGAGGAGAAGUUACUCUACCAGCAGCACAGAGGUGUCCCAAAAGGAUGAAACAAACGAGGAUAGUGCUGGGGAAAAAUCCAAAGCCAAGAGCGUGUCUUUCAAUGUAGCCAACAAAAAGAAGGACUUCAAUGUAUCUGCUCUAAUUAAAACCAUGUCUGGGAUUGAUAUGGUGGAAGAGAAGCCAAAAAGCAAUGGGAUCAGUAAGCGCUCCUUCAUCCGAAAUGGAAAUAGAGUUCAGAGGCUUUCCAGCUCCAAGAAGGAGUCCUUUAAGAGACUGGGCCUGCUGUUCUCCAAAAUGAACGGGCAUGUCCCUGAAGCAAAUUCAGAGCCCAUGUACACUAUUUCAGAUGGAAUUAUUCAGCCACACUACAUGUGGAAAGACAUUAAAUAUUCUCAGAUUGAUAAAGAGAGAGAAGAGAAUUGUUCCAAAAGUGAAAUUAACCUCAAUGAGGUGGACUACAGUGGGAACACGAGACUUACAGGACAGAGCAAGGAGUGCCCUGUGGUUUGUACCAGCUCCCUUCACUGUGCUUCCAGUAUUUGUUCCUCUAACUCCAAACUUUUAGACUCAUCAGAGGAUGUGUUUGAUUCAUGGGGAGAGGCUUGUGACUUGUUUAUAAACCAGUGGAAAGACGGGCAGGAGGAUCAUGUAACAACUCGGCUAUAAGUAAGGCUACCUUAACACCUGCUAGAAAACUUAGCUAAUUAUUUGUAAUUGUUUGCUCUCACCUGAUUCAGCAUUAUGAAUUCCUUUCUGUCCACAGGAGAAAAAAAUGUAAAAUUACUUAUGUUAACCUAUUUUAUAGCCAUCUGCACCUUUUUUAGUUUACUUUUUUACACUCACAAAUACUGAACUGAAGGUUUCACUAUUUAUAAGGUCACUGUAAACUACGGGACUCCUUCGGAUGCAGUCUUUGAAUCCCACAUAAUUCAGACACGCUGGUGGCGGAGUAGAGGAUUCCUCCAGUGCACUCAUCAUCUUCCCAGCACCGCUGGGUUAUCAUCGCUGCUAUCCAACACCAUCAGUUCCGCAUCCUGCUCAAACUCCUCGGCAUCACAACCAGCUGGUGAGCAGUGGCUUAGCAGGAGGCUGAGAAUCAUAUUUGCAAUCUUCUUAGAAAGUGUUUCAGGUUACAACUGGCUUUUUGUUUUCUUUAAGCAAUACAACCUCUGAUUCUUUCAGCUGCGUGUUUUUUGUUGUUGUUGUUUUUUUUUUUCAGGUCAUUAUAUCCAUAUUGUAAAGUGUUACUGAAUAAGAGACACCUUUGAUCAUGUGGCUAGAACGUGAUGAUUUGCUCAUUUAUCUAAUUGCUAUUAAGAAAUUCCCCUCGUAGGGAGCAGAAUGACCUCCCAGUUCGGCUGGCAGUGGAAGCCAGCACCUGGCCCUGCCACCAACUUCUACAUAGAUGAAUGGACACACAGCCAGCUGUGGCUGCUUGAAAGAGAAACCUCAGAGUGGUUCUCCUAUCACUGACAGGGUGCACCAAAACCCAGCCCUAAGCCUCCCCCUUACACCCACCCCCCUGAGCUGCAUUUGGGUUUUGAAAUCCCUGGCUUUAUUUCCACUGCUGCAUUCCUUUUUUUUUGCUGCCUCCCUGGUCAAUGUCACGCUGUUAGGUAGAAAACCGUCCUCCUGGUGUACAGCAGCCACUGCCCUGGGUCUGUGAGCUGCAUUUCUGAAGAGCAAGCUCAGCAGUAGCAGCUCAGACCGCAGCUGGCACCCUGGGAAGUUGCUGCAGUUCCUUUUCUAAGGUGCACCAAAAAGCAGUGCAGCAGUAGAUGUUACCCUGCUGUAUCUUUAUGGUUUUUUCACCCCUACGGUUGUGCUAGGCCCUGUCUAGAUAUUACCAAGUCCCUGCGUUUUUGUCCUAAGGAGCAUGAGACAGAGGAGAAGACAAUAAGGGCAAAAUGGUUGACACUGCUUUUUAACAACUUGAUACCUGAAUUUUCUUCCAUGUUGUUGCUAAGAAAUGCAGAUGACUGGCACCUGCUGCUGCUUCAGAGCCGUCAGCUUUCUUGGAAGAAGCAAGGCCUGAGCUCAGAGAUGGCCCUGCCUUACCCCAAAGCUUCCUUACGAGUCCGUGCAGCCAGGCUAAAGGCUCUGUUCCCAGGACAGGUCACAGGAGCUGGAGCAUAGCCCAGGGGCAGGUGUCAAAAAAUCACCUCUUGUGUGCAAUACAUUGGGAACUGCAUUUGAAAAAAGCAUUUAUGAAGGCUGGAAAAUCUACACCAACACCCCUGGCUCAUGAGAAGCUCUGAAUGCAGAGCUCGAGGUGGAGGAUACAGCCAGCCACAGUGCCAAGAAAAAAGAGCAGCUAGGAGCAGAGACUCAAAUGUGUUUCUGUUCUCCUUGCUCAUGAACGAUGCCAGCCUUGUUACCAGCAUGCAGGACAAAGCCCAAAAUAUUUAAGCCCCUAGACAGGCUAGUUAAGACAGAGUGAAAAGCAUUCUCAUAUCAACAGAUUUCAGGCUUGAUACUAAUUGCAGGGUUAGAGCAGCCUUUGAAAAUUGCAUCUCCUCUUCCUGUAAGCAAGGCUGAGCAAACUGACUUUGGCACUACACAGGGAGACUUGCAGAAUCGUAGGGUCAGAAGCAAUUUGCUGAUCUUCCAAGAAAUCCAGCAGCCCUCUCUUUUACGAUGCAAAUCCACCCGUAUGCGAGAGCUGCAGUGAGAACCAACUGAAGGCGAGUCUCAGAGCAGCCCACAAUAAAAGCCUGCAGUUUAAUAAACCAGCCUCAGCACAUUUCUGGGAACACAAACGUUAGCAAGAGCUGCUACAGGGGGAUGAAGGGAAGGGUUUGAAUCAUUUUAUGCCUCACCUAAGCACAUUGCAGUUUAGGAACUCUGCUUGACACGGGGCAGCACAUCUUUGUUACCUUCUAGCACGUAGGAAUGAAAACAACUCCAGCAUGGUUAUGCAGAUUACAUCAGCUGGGUUUAAAGCAGGUGUGGAAGCAGGGUUCAUAUCCUUGGAUGGUGGAAGGGCUUUUAAUUUUUCCAUGAGAGCAAGCACGCUGCUACUGGCAAUGACUAAAUUGUGCCAUUCAACUGCAGCCCUAUGGUAACGGGUACAAAUCUCAAAAUGAAAUGCAAUUAACUCUGCAGCAGUGCCCCCCAAAAAUGGAAAAAUUACACUGGGCAAUGCAAAUCCCUUCUGUACGAACCGCGUGAGUCACGUUCCCCUGCCGUGCCCAGAAAGGGCAGGGGUAGGAACUGCCACAUUGUAAUGGCACAGUGAAUCAGGCAGUCUGCAAUAAUUCCUUGGUAAUGGUAUGUUGAACACCAGAGGUACAUCAUGGGGCUGCUUGGCUGGGGCUCCUGCGGGAUUUGUUUCAUGAUUCAGAUACUUCCUAGCUCCCAGCUAUGAGCCAGCCUCAGCUGACUUUUGAAUUUCACAAAAAAUAUUUGAUUUGUGUUAGUGAUUUAUGCAUGUGUCCAGGAGGAGUUUCCAAAACUGUCAGACUGAUCCCCAAAAAGCCAAGUCUGUGUGACUGCACCUAUGCACCCCCUUUGGUAGCAAUAGACUUCACAGCAACUAGUCAAUUAUUAUUGUUGUUAUUACUACUCUUAAGCAGGAGAUUCAGGUGAAGGAAAUUUAAAUAUUUAGUGAAAAUACAUUUGAUAAGCUUCAAGGAUAGUCAUUAUACACACGCUAGGAAUUUGGGAUCAUACCAGGCUUGGUCACUUGUCCUGUCUUUAGGUUUCCUGCUCUUGAAGUAGCUUUAUUUCUCACCUCCCAUCCCUGGUGUCUUUUUCACCUGUUGUUUUAAAGCAUCACACCUAAAAACCAUCACCAGGAGAAAGGUAACACCAACAUCCAGGUACAGAGCACCACACAGAGCUAGGAGGUGUUUGUACUCAGGUCAGAGAUCGAAGAAGUUCUUUCAGAAGUAAGAAAUCCAGCAGCAUCUCUCCGCAGAUUAUUUGGGUAAUUGUAUAUUAGUCAUGUACUAGUGCGUGUGUAAAUACUCAGCUGUUUGCAUAGAGGUCCCUGCAGGAGCAGCACGCGCAGUGGUUCGGGUGCAGGAUCAGAAACGAGGACUUCUGAGGCCUGUUCCCAGCUCUGCCACUGCCUCACCUGUGACCUUGGGCAAGUCACUUAGCCUCUAACGCCUCAGUUUCCCCAUCUGUAAAAUAGGGACAAUAAUUACUUACCUACCUCGCGGGGGGGUUAGUUCAUUAUUUAUAAGCACUUUCAGAUCUUCAAUUUAAAGGCGCUAUAUACAGUCAGUAGUUGAUACUCGUAGCAGUGGUAUGUACUUUUGUUUUCUUAUGACUAAUUCAGGUUAGGACUUAGCUAUGUACGUUACGAUAGUUUUCCAUGUAGAAAACUAGCAUGAUUUCCCACGAGGGGAAUUUUGGGGACUUCUGCAGUAGACAGAGAGCAGGAGCAGCAUACCUUGUAAGCCUAAACUCUGACAUCCUCGCUUGCGUGCUUUGUGCCUCAUCUCACUGUACUGCAUUUGUGUUUCACCCUUUUUCUAACGGCAUGUGUAAAUUUUUAACAGAAACAGUCACUGUAAGUAUUAUUUAAAUAAAUGCAUUCAUAUAUAAAUGUAAAACCUUACCUUUUGAGUAGGUUAAGAGCCUCCUAGGUUGGCUCUUGUGCCUCUGUGAGGGCUUCACCCUCAUUUCUCCUUGGUAUGGUUGCUUUUUCUGUAGUGCUUGCUCAGAUAAGAGCCUUUCCUUUGAGUUAGAGGAGCUCUGAGACUCGCAUGGUGAGGGCACGACCUGCAUUUUGAGCUCUCUUCCAGGAGCAGGAGCAGUUGCAGGGUGUCUCCAGCAGACAUUUGGAGAAGUCCAAGUACUGUAAGCAGGGACCUGACUUACUCCUGGGCUAUCUUGCAGAGUCACAAAGCUACAGGAGCACCAGCUGCUCUGUGCCAGUAACCGCAGGUCCCGCUUCCAUUGGGACUUCUCGGCCUUGCUUUGAAGUUUCUAUUUUCCUUUCCCAAAGGCCGAAACCUCACACGCUUAAGUUUACCAGGAAGACAUUCAAUUUCGGUUUAGUUUUCGGCUGAAUUCUCCCUCAACCAGUCUGUCUGCUGCGUGCCAACACAGAGAUGUCCACGAGAAAGCCGCGUGCAGCCUCAGAGGCCCCUUCCCAAGGAACAGCAUCGCCCCCCCACCUGUUAAAACUCGACAAAAAACAGAAUGGAGAAGAAAAAAAAGCAAAGCCACCCAAAUCACAAAGGCUGCCUAGAAUUAAGGAAAGCUGUCACCUUACUAAAAGCUCUCUGGGGCUGUCUUUGGGGUGGGUGCACCCCGAGGGCCCCUUCCUCUCCCGGCAGCAGCCAGCAGCAGCAGCGGCUUCCAUUCACGCAGAGACAAAAUUAAUUGGAAUCAGUGAGACUGCCGUGAAUAACAAAUCCACUUGCUGGAGUAGCAUCUGAAAUAAACUUACCAAAAUAACCUGCAGUUUUCAGCAAAUGCGUAAUUUGAAGCCCAACAAAUAUAAAACCAAUCCCUCACUGGAUUUUUUGGGGGUGCGGAGGGGCAGUCUGGGCUGGCCACCUAAGUGUAUUUUCAAACCCUUUGUAAUUCAACUCAAUCGAGUUUUCACACUCCACUUUCCCUGUUUCAGACCAUUACACUUGUACAAACAAGUCAUUUAUGCGAUUUUCACAUAAUUCCCUCCACCCAAACUAACUACUGCUCUCGAGUAAGUUGAUGAUCAAGAAUGAUGCUUAAAAAGAAAUCUAAAUCUUAAAAAAAAAAAAAAAAAAAAAAAAAGUACAUGUAAAAGGCAAAAGAAGCAUUUGAUCCUUAACUUCCAAAUGUUUGAUAGUGUGUUAUGUUUCAGGGAAACACUUUUACUUGCUCUGCUUUUUUAAGGUGUGCAAAAAUAAAUAAAAAAAUAAAGCCAACAGUAACUCCCAGCCUAGCUCAAAUCACCCACAGUGUUGAAAGCCAAGUCGAUCGUGCAAUUCUGUCUUCAUACAUGGACCCUACUCAGUCGAUGGCUCACCAACUAUGGAAAACAGCACUGCCCAUUCCUGCUGGCCAGCAUAUCCUCCUUCAGCAUGGCUUCUUUUGUUUCUUUCGGGGAUUUUCUUCCGUUUCCCCUCCCAUUUACAGCAUUUCCAUCAGCAGUAACUCCUAAGCCAGGAGAAACAAUGUGCUUAGACCGAGAGGUGAUCAAUCCAGGAGCUGUCCUUUCGGCACACGAGCUUAACAGAACACUGUGAUACCUUUAGCCAACAGAAUGAAAUGCCUUUUGACUAUAAAUAGUUGUUUUUGAGCAAGGGGGGCACUUUUUGGUGUAGCUAUUUUUUGGGGUAUUGUACAGUUUUAUUUAAAAACUACUGAAUGUGUUUAUAAGGUGGGUGUGGGAACUAGAGGGCUAGGGAUCUUUGAGAAGCAAAAGGAUGGUAGCAGACGCUUAAGUACUCUAUUUUCUAUAUGGCAAGCCCUAGAGAAUUGGGCUUACACUGCAAACAAGCUUUUUUUAGCAAUCCAGUUUUAAUAUCAAAGUAAAUCUUCAUAGAAAAGCUAUCACAGAAACAGCUUCACACCUGAUCAUAUUCUAAAACGCCAUUUCAUGGGAUAAAAAAAAAAGUGAGGCUUUUUUCCUCUUUUAUUUUUCAUCAAAACCUUAAUGGCCUUUUCCAGGCAACAGAGCUUUCAGAUGUUUGGAGAAUUUUGCUUAUGUAAAGACAGAGUGGGGACCUCAGCAUUUGCCCAUUGAGCAGUAGUAGCCACCCCUAGAGGAAGGGGAGGAUGAAAAGGGGGAAGAGCAAAAAGCAAAAACAAAUGCUUAGUUUUAUGUACUUUUCUACUUGCAUCUUUUCUGUCUGUAGUGCAGAUUCCACGUCAUUCCCUUGCAUAACAUGUACAAAUGAAAUGUAUAUAAAUAAAUAAAAAUAUUUAUUUUAUGUGUAUUUUUAGCUUAACUGUAAACUGAAAAAAAAAUAAAGCAUUUAAUUUUUUUCCCAAAAAUGUAAGCCUAUUGAAAUUCAAGGUGUUUCUACCUUUUCAGAUGUAACAUUUCCAGCUGCCUAUUGAUAAUAAACAUUUAUGAACAGUAAA